AUGUGCCACAGGCCCCCACAGCGCCCCCUCCUGGUGGGACACAACGCCCGAGCCUUCGACGUGCCGGUGCUGCUGCGCGCACUGGAGCAGUGCGGCCUGCGGGAGGCGCUGCAGGACUGUGUGGAGGGAGCCGUGGACAGCCUGGCUCUGGCCCGGGACCUGCUGCAGGGUCAGGGCGGCAGCUUCAGGCAGGGGGCGCUGGUGAGGCGGCUACUGGGGGAGGAGUACACGGCCCACGAUGCACUGCAGGACGCUCGGGCGCUGCAGCGGCUCGUGCUGCUCGGACUGAGGCCGCGGCCGCAAGACCUGAGCCGCCACACCUUCAGCACCACCUGA